UAGUUAUUUUUUAUUUUUUAUUAUUUAUUACUUAUUAUUUAUUAUUUUUAUAUGUAAGAUUUCAAAAACUCUCUGCCCUUUUUUGCCCAUUAAAACUUUGAUUUCCCUCUUUGAAACUAAGUAGCUAUGUCCGACAAAUAGUUCACGCUGGUUGCUGCUUGUAAUCAAUUGAAGCUGUGAUUUAAUUGAUACUGUGAUUCUUCGAAUCCAUGGGCAUUUGAACAGUGAUUACUCUCAUUCAAUUUGAUUGAAAAUGGGUUCGUGGUGGGGAUCUUUCUUCUCUCCGGCGAAUACUUAUCGACGCCGCCUCCGUCGAUACGGAUAUAUAUUGAGUAGCUAUCUUAAGGGAAAUGAGAAUGUAGAUGUAGUACUGCAGAUGGAAGCCGAAACAAAGUCGUUGCAAAGUCUAGGAGAAGUUGAGAAGAUGAUAGGGUACAAUUUCAAGAACCGUAGCUUACUGAAUGAAGCAUUUACUCAUCCGUCAUAUCGUAAAACUUGUGUGUCGUAUGAAAGACUCGAGUACAUUGGCGACUCUGUACUUAAUCUUUUAAUCGCAAAAGAACAGUUCUCAAAGUACCCUAAUCUUCCACCAGGGUUGUUGACUCCGCUUCGUGCUGCAAACGUUGACACGGAGAAGCUUGCGCGCGUCGCUAUCCAACAUAACUUUCACAGAUAUAUUCGACUCGGUACUCCCGUUCUUAAGAAACAAAUAGAGGCAUUUAUUAGUGCCGUUCCUAAACAUCCAUUACAUUCACAUGGUUUGAUUAAUGCUCCAAAGGUGCUUGCAGAUGUAGUUGAAUCCACUGUUGGUGCUGUUUUCGUCGACAGUAAUUAUUCUAUUGAUACAACAUGGGAGGUAGCUAGUUUUCUGAUGGAACCGAUAAUUACACCGGAAAUGCUUGAAAAGAAUCCAGUGAAGAAGCUAUUUGAGAUAUGCCAAAAAUACAAGCUCAAAGUUAGACUUGUGGAUCAAUGGUCUCAAGAAGGAACGUACAAAGUUUUCGUUGACAAUCAACUUAGAGGAAAAGGUAUGUGCCGCGAAAAGAAAGAAAUCGCGUUAAACAGAGCAGCAAAUGAUGCUUAUAAGGAAGUUUUUAGAAGGAUUAGUGUCCAAAAUUUGAAUCAAGGUUGCUAAUUAUAUCUUCACUUGUCACAAUUGUUGUUAUUUACGGCAUAUUUUCAAUUAAUCAUUCCCAAGUUUUUAUUUUUUUGUUA